AUGAAGGACGGACACGCGUCACGCCGGUGGGCAAUAGACGAGCGAAAACAGGAGGCAGUGGUUAACUGGUUAUAUUCAACCAAUGGUAAGCCAGGAGGUCAGCGUCGAAAGACAGACAGGUGCACGCACCCAAAGCCUCUGUGAAUUACGAUUGCCAGCCCCGACUGAGUAUGGUGAAAAGCCGGCAGUGUUAACGCACAAAGCUGGGUACUUUUGACGUAACGUCUUGCCCCUUGUGUCAGAAAACGACUCAGGUACGUCCAUCAGAAACAGAAGGCUCUCUUUUUAAAAACAAGUAUUAAAGAAAUUCAUUUACUGCAUUAUCAGUAACCCGUGUUGACUAGCAGCACAACAAUUUUUUACGGCACCUCACAACUUGGUAAUAUGCUCAUACAAUUUGUUCGGAAUUUUUUUAAAUAUUGCUGGCCCCUUCACGUUUUUAUCAGUUAACGCAUAGAUCUGCAUCGUUGGGGCAUUCUCCGGAUUUUUUGGAAGCUUGAUCUAACUAGUAGUGCCAUCUGUUUUUACGAGACUUAGGAGGUCAGGAUUAACCAAAGGAAGGUUUCGAAGUGGCAAAAUAAUGCAAAAAACUUUUAUUUUGCGGCUUGCAUCGCGUGGUCCUCUUUACUAAAAGCUGGACAGUAGAGAAUUGAAGUAUUUUAGAAAUGUGAAGAUUAUAUAGUUUGGUUCUCAGUUACGACGUCUAACACCAAUAAUUAUGGUAAAUAGUGAGAUUUAGAACUAUAUAUGACAAUUUAGAUAGAUGUCGGCAUAUAAAUGGGGAUAUUUGCCAGGAGAUGAGUGUAUUUUCAUUUUUUUCGAGCUUCACUGACAAUGAAAUGGUGAUCUAUUAUAUCAGAUCAAAUGAUCAUAAAAAUAUCCCAUGCCAUUGACCAUAGUAUAAAAAUAGUUCAUUUCAAAGCCUGAGUAAGUUUGAUUGAUAAGACCAUAUUUUUAACAUAUUAUGACGAAACUGGGGUACUUAGGCAAAUAAAAAGUGUACUUUAUUUGUUUCCGAUUACAGAAAAAUCGUAUUUGGGAAGACCCCAAUCGCUAAAAUGUUGUGGGUCUUGGGCCAAUGCCUAGAUUCUGUCGUCUAGGAAGAAUCCGUGCGAAAAAUGGGAAAAUCCCAAGUUUUUUAUGGCAGUGAUUGAAUAUCAUGACUUGAACACACGUGCGUGAAAUUAAAUAAUGGAUCAUUUCCAGGCUUCUUUGCUUGCAUGAAUUACGUAGACAGCCGAACAAACUGAUAUGCCACGAGAAGCGAAAAUACAGAAAACAAUGUAAAUAGCAAGGUCUCAGGUAUAAAAAACUGUUACGGUUUCUUCCGCUCACCAGCUGAAUGCUGCUGAAAUGCUUAGUAAUACAGUAAGGUAUGGUAUAUGAUAAUAAUAUAUACCCUAAAAAUAUAUUACUAGCUGCCUGUCGGCAGUUAAUGAGUAUUACGCGGUUACCCAGCUGAGGCUGAUGGACUUUGGCCUAAAUAUUCAUACACCAAAUUUCAGUCUGCGCCUAUAGACCUUGGUAUAUACUGACUUAAUUCAAGUUCGCGUUUAGUAUCUGAGGGAAUUAAAAGGCAACAAUUGGGAAUAAAGUUUCGUCAGGGGAUAUGUGGUAUUUUUGUCACUUCUACAAAGCCUUAGAUAGUUUUGUGUUUUUUACUAUCUAAGCAUCAUUGAAUCUCAUUAAAUCGUGCAAACCUAACUUAUACUACUUCAAAGGUUCUAAAGGUAUGCAAGUUUGCUUCGUCUCCUUUCAAAUUGAUGCCUUUUAAACCAGUUGUUGAAAUCGAACUUUCCAUGGGGGAAGCUGUUGUUAAGGGUGUUUGUACACGCAAAUAAAUUAUUUGAUGCUUAACUCCAUCGCUAAGAAAGUUUCUGGAGAUCAUAAGUAUUUAUUUAGUCUGGAGACAACCACUGUUUUUGUUCUGGAAAGGCUGCUAAACAGAGAACUAUGGAGCAUUCAAGUGCUAAGUCAACGAGAAUAAUGUCUUAAAUUCUUAAAUGACGAAACUGACAUAUAUCUGAGGGAAAAUUGUUCCGCUGGACUAAAUGACACUUUAUAAAAUUGGAUUUUUAGCAUGUCUUCUUGUUUUUCCUAUUUGCAUAAAGAAUUUCUCAUACUCUAUCAUGCUUUUUGGGUCAUGUAGAUUAUCAUCAAUCCAUGCGGAUAAAAGAGACUGACAACGACACUUCCUUGCUAGAGAGUUUUACGGUCGUGUCUCCAUGGUCUGACCGAAGAAGCUUAUUUGCUUACUGGCAAUGGCGAGAGGGCGCAAACCUCAAACUUUUCGAAAAGGCUCAUGUAUGUACUGUUUCAUUUUUUGCUGAAAAGUGUUUUUAAUAUUUAGGUCAAGUCAUGUUAGCUAAUGAUUUUUGAAGUUACGAGUGGUGCUUCCGUUGGCAAAAUUCUUCAUGUAGAUAAUGAAGGACGUAAUGCAAUAACCCGGGGUUAUUUCACUUGUCUCUUAAGUCAGAUUGUUGGUUUUCUUGUAGAAAGUCGAAGUUUUUGACUUACUGUGCCGAUAUUACUCACAAAUGCACCAAUACGUGAUGCGUAUUUGUGUCACUUUCUUUGUUAAGUCGAAUUUAUUUAUUUUAGCUGUACAUAUUCGCGGCAUAUGUCUUUGCAAACUAUGCCUGUUUUUGAUUGACAAUUUAAUUCGUUUUUUAGGACGUAAAUCGUUGAACAUAAGGUCCGAGCUCAUGUCUGUUCUAGCAUCCAAAGUUCAGCGGUUUCGCCUAUACAAUCUGUUAGUUGUUCCGUACAUGCAUAAUGCGUUUGCUUUGCUAUGAUUCAGCAAACUAUAGACCUGGCAGUCAUGUGUGCACUGGCUGUUUCUCUGGUACCUAAUUCCCUGCUAGUAGAUGUGCUUGCGUCCCGCUGAGUAUACAGGCCGUGGGCAUGUUUUUCCAAUGACUUGUGUCCUCUCCUCCUCUUUCUGACCUAUUUCUGUUGUUGGUUAAAACUCUGACCAAGUGUUCGUUGCGGACAAGGGGGUACGAUGGUACACCUGGGCGCGUGUUCGGUCGUGCCAGCCACUUGAUCCCUCCCCCGCUUCUGGUCUUCUUGACUGUCUCGAAACCAGGCCCAGAGGAGAAGAGUGUGCGGUAGAUGUUGCUCAAGUCUACUCCCACCAUAAAGUAAUUCACAUGCAAGCUACCGUUCCUGCUCCCAUCUUGCUGUGAAGCACAUGGUGGACAUCGCCGGACGGGACUGUCAUGCAGUUCUGGGAAGAACUGCCAAUAAGGACAAGAGAGACUGGGAUAACUAUUUCAUCAAACCGACAUACCAGGUCCUAGGUAUGGUUAACCUGGGAUUCAUAACAACGUUUCUUAGUUUGAUAAGAACUAGGAGCGACCGCUGGAACAAAGGCUUUAUUUGCCCGACGUUUCGGAUUUUCACUUGAACCCAUCAUCAGAGACAAUGACAGAAACGUUUCUGUCACUGUCUCGGUGUGUCGCACCUUGGGGCUGAUUCUAGAGUCCCUGCAGGUAGUCGCUUACUGACCAGCAGCGAGUCAGAUGGUACGCCGAAAAAUACAAGGACGUUUGGAAUGGCUAUUUCCGGGGUUAGGUAUGACUGGUUAAAAAGUCUUCUACUCGACAGCCGCAAGGAGGCAAGUUCCAGACAGCUGUCGGGAAGACGGAGACACGAUCGCUGAAACAAGAGCGUAAUUCGCCUGACGUUUCGGAUUCACUCACGAAAGCGUCCUCAGAGACAGAAUCAGAUAAGUGUAAUUUUUUGCAAAAAUAUUCCGAUAUUUGUGGAAUGCAGUUGCUAUGACACUGCAUACCUGGCAAAAUCCCUGGUUCCUGUACUCACUCCAAAGGGUUGCGAGAGGUGUGAUGAAUGCUUGAUUGCUCGCAACCGAGUCGUCAGUCGUAUCACGUGAACUUGGACAAUUUGGCCCACCGACAUUAGCAUCAUGGGCAUUGCUCACUCGUGCGCUCCCAGCAUGGUUAAUUAUUCUAAGCGGACAAGGUUUCGGGACAGAAUAUGGAGGCAAGGGUCAUUAUGGUUGUUAAUCGACUAUGGGCCGGAAAAACCUGACUCAAGCAACUCGUAGUUCAUGCAGUUGUCACUUCUUGUGAGAAUUCCGGCCUCAUCGAACUUAAAUGUGUGGCCGGGUUCUAGAAAAUGAACAACGACCUGAGAGCUAGCUAGCACCGGUCUAAACCCUUAACCGAUAAAUAAUUUGAUCACCGUGACAUGGUAUCCAAAAUUGUCCAAUAUAAUACUGACUGUCUGCGUGAACUUAACUUUUCCACACACUCCACUUAUUCGCUUGAUAUAUUCUUAAAAUCAGAAGUAUUAUUCAGCUAGGUAUUUAUUUGUUAAAAGGAUUCAAGUUUUAUAUUCGUUUUUCCCGGCAAAAAUGCCUCAUUAUGUGUGAACAGUCCAAAUGGCUGGAAGGUAUCAAAUACGAAAAUUUAUAAGCUUGUUUUUUCCCUCGAUAUAAUUCUGAUGCCAAUUUAGUCAUUUACUGAAAACAUGGUUUUUGUUAAUAGUCCGACCUGUAACUUGUAGCUGGCUGUAACACAAAGAAGCGCUGAGGAACCACUAUUCCAAGUGUUCCCUCAUUACUCUGUGAAUAGACGUCCAGGUUUUCCUGAUUUGUACUGAAAACCCAGUGGAAUGUAAGUUCAUUUGGUUUAUGGCCCACUUAAUGGAUCCGAUCUGUGGAAUAAAUGCGCAGGUUCGGUGCGUGUCACGAUGGGGGAUAUAACUAGCAGAAUCGCGGUACUGAUAAGCCGGAGACGACACACCUUUCACACUCCCGCUAUUAUUGUUCACUAGAUCGCUCUGUGGUCUGAUAGUGGUCGCAUACCGUUCUACUUCGCCUUUUUUGGUCUGGUAAUCUAAAACAGGUCGGUCUCCGCAUGUGUCAUCAUGAAUUUCUAUGUCGCAUUUCAGUUAAACUCAAAAAGCCUCAGGUAGUAGCUUUCUCUAGCAUGACGAUCAUGACAGACCUUCUAAGUACCAGGUGAUUUAACUUUAAGGGAGUUCGAACGCCUGCCUUUGGCCUUUUAACUCUCCCCAAACAAUCUUUUUGCAUUCCCUGUGGGAUAACUCGAGACUUGAAGCGCAUUAUAUUCAUGUAAGCUAGUGGGUAGUGAAUGGACUGAGGCCUUGUCGACAAAAGCUGGAAAUAUACCAUUUAAAAUAAAUGAGAAAAAACUGACAUUUGUGCACUCGAGGACAUGCCUAGCCUUAAUACUCACUCGUAGACACUUGCAGGCCGUAGACUAUACUGACGUGGAUUCGGCGCCUUGAGUUUAUGCACAGUUCAGAAGACGGCUUGGCGGACAUAAGUUUACUUUCGAUAAAUUCUACUCAGGCCAUUACAUUUGUAAAUUCCUGUUUGAGCGAAAGUGCAGAACCUCAUAAUCUAUUAUUUUGUUGUGUUUUCCUAAUUUAUUUAUAUGUUAAUACGCAAGAAUAAAAGUCAGCUUUCUUCACAAUGGUAUAGUCGGCUGAUGAGGGCUAAUGAGCCAGAAAUGGCCAUUUUAGUCUCCCUUGUCUUUGUCCGUAAUGCACAACGGGACGAGAGAGUUCCGUAGCGCGAUAGGUGAGCGCCCCUCUACCAUUGUUAGUAUAUCUGGUCGCAACUGACAGGACAACGAGCUCGUGGCUCAAUGGUUAGGGCUUUGGACUUCUAUACAACAGGUAGGGAGAUUGAGCGAUGGGGGUUGCACACCUCAGGGCUUGAUGCGGCUGACAGAUGAAGGCCAACAGGCCAGAAAUGGUCGUUGCAGCCUUCCUUGUCUUUGUUGAUAGUGUCUUUCCGUUCAAACGUUUAAGAUGAUAGCUAAUUUAAAAGACAGAUUUGGCUAACAAUAAAGAGCCGGAAGUUUAAUGAUCUGUUUGGUAAUUUGCUUCAUUUCUCAGAUAGAACUAGAAAAUGCGAAAUAUCUGCUGUUUAAGCGAAAACUGCCUAUCUUCAUUGAAGCCUAAAUGGCAAAUGAACCGAUAACAGAUUCAGAAACUUUCAGCCCCGGGGUACGAAGAGAUGGGCGUACCAAAUAUCAAAGAACAGAAUCAAAAGAAAUCAAGCAUUCAUUUGCUGCUUCCCAGAAAGGAGCUCUGCAUCUUUCCUUAUCGGUCCAAGGUGUAUACGAUUUGUUACAUGGUCUUCCAUAAUGACAUCUUAGAUUCUAGUUAAAAGACCGGACACGUGUUUUACCGAUAUUCUGCCGCUGCAUGAAGCAAAUACGAGGAGUUCGACUCAUCAGCGAGUACCACACGUGACCACUUGUCUAAACCAUUCUCUGUGUGCUGACUGCUGUUGGCUAUAUAAGCAAUUUUUGCAUUAUGGGCAUGUUAGUAAGCAGUAAAAACACAAUGAGUAGUAAAUAGUCAGAGCGUUAAACUGCGCGUAACGAACCUUAUUAUCGGUUUCUUAAGGGGUGCGUUCAAAGGAACAAAGCAAGUUACUUUGGAACUAACCAUAUUGAGCUUAUUAAACAAGAAACCUGAAGAUAUCCACUUAUCGUCCGAAAUGACCCCGGGGAAUUGUGUUUCAGGUGGAAGGCCAGACACAAUGAAACAACUUAUCAUUACUCUUAAAUACCACUCGCUGAUGUUCCGGCACCCGUGGACUUUACUGCUAUCUUUAAGGGUCCCCUAUUGAUGUGGAAGCAGGAAACCCUUGGCAUCAGUGUGCUGGGCCUUUUAACCAGUUUCUAAAUCCAAUACUUCUCCAUGUUGUUUUAGCUUUACUAUUACAGCUCCUUGGAUGAGGGAUUUGAACGAGGUCAAACGUUGAACGAGCCGGUGACCAGCUUCAAGCUGAGUCGUCUUCGUCCUGAAACGGUCUACUUUGUUUGUCUUCGAGUUCUUCGCCGAAAACGUGCAACUCCGGUUCGCUCAAACCCAGAGGAAACGAAGCCUAUCCUCAAUGCCCCACAACCUGUCGCACGAAUUGCAGAAGAGCAAACAAAAUCAGUUGGGAUAACAGCCACAAAACGCCCAACUCUGACAACUGUUUUGCCUUGGCAACAACGUCACUCGCUGAAUAUUAAAGCGCCUGAAAAUUACGCCUUUGAGCUACAGUGUACCGAAGCCGCCACGCAAAACUGGCACCUUUCUGCUUUAAUUGGAGGCCUACUGGGGGUUGGUCUUGCCCUUAUUCUCGGUAUCAUUUUACUUAUCGUAGUGAAACGUAAGAGUUGGUCUACAACUUCCAAAUAUGGUGCGGAGAAGUUACUGCUCCACAAUGAGGGCAACGGAGGUCUGCAUAAGAAGACAAGAUACAGUUGGCGCUAUGGAAACGGCUGGCGCAGUAAUCUGUCAGCGCGAUCCUCCAGCACACGGGGCGUCAGCGAUUUCAGUGGGAAUCUUCGCGAGGAGGACGAGGAUGAUGAAGAGGACGCGAUCGCGGAGGAUGAUGAGGACACCGAAGCUGACACCGGUUGUAAGUCUUCCGUCCGCUCGCAGACAGGUAUCUACGGAGGAUCCGGUGGAACUACGAGUAGCAACCGACAUAGUUCAGUCAGCAGUAUUGACCCUAGGGAUGACACAUCUUCUGUGACGCAUCAUCUGCAAAAAGGCAGUCAGAUUCCGAGCAAACGAGAUAGUCGAAAAGUCCGUCAAGAUGCACGUGCUCCGAAGAGGGUCAGCAAGGUUGGCCCAUCGGACAGAUCACCCAUUCCUCCGAGAAAGCCCUCACAGGAUCCGAACUCACAAGAACAACGGGUGCAAUCUACUGUCUGCUCUGAUAAUGAUAUUAAGGAGUACUCCGGAGUCACAGUGAACAUAGUCUCCCCCUCACCAGAACUGAUGCAGACUAAAGAGGAUCUGCGAUCUCUUGGUCCGAAGACACCCGGUGACGGUCAGACUGCCAGCGAUUCCUCUGAUUUUGAACAGACUCUAGUGACACCACAUUCCCUAAAACAAAAUAUCCGGCUUCAUAAAGACAGUGCCGACGGGCACUCCGUUUGUGGAGUUAACGUACUGGGAUCCGUCAGUCACUGCUCAGCCCGGCGCAAAACGAUUGCAGUGUUCCAGGAAAGCGUUCUUUGUCGUGGAAUAGAACGCGGCUACACUUCGCAAAGAGACCCGAUAGCUGAGAAUAACCCCAUAAUAAACCCAUCUUUCUCCGCUGCCGACACUGCAAACGAGAUGCCCGAACAGCCGACAUAUUUUUCCUGCCAGUCGCCGGCACCACUUUUUGAUCCUCAGGUGGUUAAUCUGGAGCCCCCUCUACUUCUAAGCCCCCCGAAUCAACCGGCUGGGUGUUUUUUCGAGGAGACCUGGAUCAGGUCGCCGCAUAUUGAGUACAGUCCCCUUUCUCACCCAGUUGAUGGCGCCAGUUGGUUAUCCUCUGGUGGCUGCUCUCCCGUUACCUCCCUCAACAGCCCGCUCUCCACGAAGAGUUCUAGCAGUUUAGAUCUGGAUUUCCAAAGUGCUGACUACUGCGUUGACCAGAACAUAUAUGCGGAGUUUAUUGAGACAAUUUAG